AUGCUGGUCAUGCAGGAGAUCGAGAAGGAACACGGUCUGGGAAAUCAGGUGGGUAUGAGCUCCAAUAAGGAAGGCUACGCCAAACUCCGUGAGCAGGACCCGAAAUACAAGGAGCACAGGACCACCUUCUACCGCUACCACGUCACUCUCUUUGUUGUAACAUCUCACCUCUGGGGAGGAGUGGUGUUUGGCGCGCACCGCUCCCCUUUUAAUGGGUCUGCGCGCUUUGUUGGUGGGCCUGUCACCAUGGAGACCCUCUCCAUCAGGCCCGUGAGGGAUUAUUGUAAUGAUUAUGUUGUUCAGGACACAGCCGGACAGGAGCGCUAUAGAACCAUCACUACAGCGUAUUACAGAGGAGCCAUGGGCUUCCUGCUAAUCUACGACAUCACAAACCAGGACUCGUUCAACACUGUUCAGGACUGGGCCACUCAGAUAAAGACAUACUCCUGGGACAACGCACAGGUGAUACUGGUGGGCAACAAGUGUGACCUGGAAGAUGACAGACUCAUUCCGACAGAGGACAGUCAGAGAUUGGCUCAUGAACUCAGUUUCCAGUUUUUUGAGGCCAGCGCCAAAGACAACAUCAACGUGAAGCAGGUUUUUGAGUGUCUGGUGGACGUGAUAUGUGAGAAGAUGAAUGAAAGUAUGGACGGAGAUGGUCCAGUGUCCAACCACAAAGACUCCAGUCCGCAGGACACGUCCUCUGAGGGACACACCGGCUGUGCCUGCUAAAACACACUCUCUCCGUCUUUAUCACAUAGAGAACUUCUCUUCACCUAUUCACUGCUACUUGGGAUAAUCUUUGCUUUCCUUCUUUUAACCCAAACAGCAUCUGCUAAACGCGCUCAGUGUUGUUUGUUGAUGUGGAUAGUCGAGAUAGGAUGGCGUGGAUUGAAAUCUGACUGCGCUAGUGACCUGCGUGUCUCCCCAUACGUAUUCACGCGUGUAUGUGCGUUUUAAAGGUCCAUCCACACCCAUUGCUCACGCUCUCACCCCGUUCUCCAGCUUUUCUCUGUCUUUCCCUCAAAAAGGCCACGUUUGGAUGAAUCUUUGUGGUUUUAGCACAUGUUCUCUAUCUCAUCAGAUAAUGUAACACCCACAGCCCUGAGCGGGCAGCUUCUGUAUUGUCUAUCUGGGUGUCCAUCUGCUUUAAAUUACAGUCCUAACAGCUCAUUCGGCACUAUUAUGGAGAUAAAUGCACUGUGCUAUUCUGAUAUGUGCAAUCAUGGGCUGUUGUUUGAAACUUAUGAGAAAUAUCCACUCAAAUCAAUGUUUUACUGUUGUUAUUUUUUUUUGAAUAAGCGUUUUCUUAAAUUAUAAUAUAGCAAAUAAACUAUCUGCAACCCAAA